UUUAAUUAUUUGGUAUUAAAAAAAUUUGACAUUAGUCGCACGUGUCCAAAAAAUACAGUGUUAACUAUUUUGUCUGAGGCUAUUUGACGAUUAGAGUUUGUUGCAGACGCAUUUCUUUGCUCACUUUGCUUUCGUAAAUAAAAAAUGGUUUUUUUCACGUGCAAUCAUUGCGGCGAAUCACUGAAAAAAGCAGCCGUCGAAAAGCAUUACUCGUUUAAAUCAUGUCGAAAUGCACCGAUAUUCCUGACAUGUGUCGAUUGUUUGAAGGAUUUCCGUGAACAAGAGUAUGUGGCACAUACAAAAUGCAUAACUGAGGCAGAACGGUAUUCAGCCAAGGGGUUUGUUGCAAAACCGGAAAAGAAUAAAGGUGCCCAGAAGCAAGAAAUGUGGACAGAAUGCAUUCAAGAAUUGGCUGAACGGCCAAAUUUCGACCGUAAUACGAAAAAUGUGUUGCAACGAAUUGCCACCCAAUCGAAUGUGCCACGAAAGAAGCUGAAAUUCGUAAAUUUCCUGAAGAGCAGCAUGCGUUACAGUCCCGUUCAAGCCGAAAAGAUUUGGACAAUUAUCGAAGAAGGUUUGGAGGAGUUCAAGAAGAAAUCAGCGCCAGCUGCAGCCCCACCGACACAAGCUCAACAGCAACUAGAGGAGGCAGCUGAACCAGAAUCUCCAGCUACUGCUAGUGGAUCUGAGUCAAUGAGUGAAUCAAAUGAGAAUGGAGCUGAUGCAUCGAAUGGUGGUGCCAGUGAUGUGACGGUGGAAUCGAUAAUUGAGCAAGCUCUGGCUCAAUCUGACUUAGGAAAAAGUACAAAAAAAGCAUUGAAAAAAUUACAAAAACGUGCAGACAUUCCGUUGAAUGUACAGUCACCGAAGAAAAAGAAGUUUAUCAAAUUUUUGCAAGAGCAACUCGAACUGGACGAAUCAAACAGCAACGCUGUAUGGGAAAUACUUUCACAAUCCAUCCAAGCACUAGCAUCCGAAGCGAAUGGCAUUUCAAAUGAAUCGAAUGUGGGUAAAAAACGUAAAAAUGGUGAUGCAUCGGAUGGUGUGGCGAGCAAAAAACCAAAGACAGAGUUCAGUUUGGCCGAUUCAACGACAGAUGCCAACGGUGAAUCUACAUUCGAUUGGCAGAAACAUAUUUUGCGAAUUUUUAACAAAAACCAAUCCAACAACAUACUGCCGGUCGAUUCGCUGAAAUCAAAAGUCAUCAAAAAAUUCCUGAAAUCCAUCGGUGAGGAUGACUCAAAAAGCGCUCAGUAUGAAAAGAAAUUCAAAAAAAUACUGAAGAAAAUUAACGGACUUUCGAUUUCACAAGGCAUGGUUCAAUUGAAUGAAUAGAUCUUCUUUCUUCUCUCUCCUUGACUUAUCAAUGUUUUCUUCGGCUAACAUUAUUCACAUUAAAAAAAAUACAUUUAUAAUAAAUAAAUAUGGAACUUUUAUUAAAUGA